UGGAUGUCCUUUGGGUGGUGGACCAUUCUUGAUAAAAACCAAAAACUUGAGCAUAGAAAAAAUCUAGCAGCGUUUCAGUUCUUGACAUAAACCGGUGCGCCUUGCACCUACUACCAUACUCCCUUCAAAGGCACUUCAAUUUUAUGUCUCGCCCUUUCACCCUCUCAAUGGCACACAUACACAAUCCACGUCUCAAUUAUCUCAAGGCUUCAAAAUCCCUCUUUAACCUGUCCCUUCCACUUCAUCGACACUGAUUGAAGUGGAUUUAAAAAGUGACAUCAAUAAGGUUUAAUAGCUUUCACCUGGAUUCACCUGGUUAGUCAAGGAAAGUGCAGGUGUUCAUAAUGUUUUGUACGUUCAGGUUGUCACCAAUGAUACAUACUGUAUAGCCAGCUAUAGGUCCUCUGAUUCAAAGUGAAAAUGGGAACUAACGGUGCUCUGUAGUUUCCUGCCUUGUGUGCAGAAAGUAUGUUUUCGUUCACGCACUUGCAUCCCUACGCCCCACGCAUGCACAACUCUGAGCUCACGUAGUGGCCAGUGGAAAAGAAAAAGUCAUUACUCAUUCAUUCAUACUUUCAGCAGUUUUCCAAUCUCUCAAAUGUGGUUUUCCUGUGUCCUGAUGGACAAAUAUAUAGGUAAGUUAAACACCUGUCCACAUUACCAGUAAACAUUUUGAGCAGCAUCCUUUGGGUAAUUUGUGCCAUCGUUAAAGCAGGUUAAGAAAGGAUGAAGCUGCUUGUUUGUUGCCUCCUAGCCAUCACCUGUUGUGUCUUGGCGAAUGUAGACAAGGUCGAGAGAAUAAUGAAGCUGACUGAAGUACUAAAGGAGUUAAGACGACUGAACAAAAGUGUGGAGCACAACGGCGUGAAGUUGAACACUCCUACCCUGGAUAUAGAGGAGUGCUGUUUCCUAUCUGCCUUGGAGUGCUUCCAGAAGAUGGUACCUCGUCUCAACACCAACAAAAAUCAUUUGCAGCGUAAAGUUAUCAAAAACCUCAAAAACCCACUGACUUUUAGAGGUGUGGACUCCUGCAGUCAGGAGGAGAGAGAGAACAAAGUCUGCCAAGGAUGUGAUUCCUACCCAAUGAAAGACAGCAGGGAAUUUGUACAACAGUUGGAAUCUCUUCUUCAAAAGGCUAUGAAUAGACUGGUGUGAGGAUAUGACUGGAACAAACCGUGACAUGGGAAUGUGUAGAAGACACUACUCUGUGAACACGUCAGAGACAUGGCUAUGGCCAUUCUGGCCAUCCUACUAUUCUAUGUCAUUUGUUAUUUUAUUUUUGUGGCCAAGAUUAUAUUUGUUUUGUCAUUAUUUUGUUGGGGGGGUUACAGGUACAAUAUUUAUAUCAAAUCAUAUAUAAUUUCAUAUCACAUGUACCCGUGGACUGCCCCUCAAAAGAAAAACAAAAGUAAGAAAUACAGACAGAGAAAUGAUCAUAUUGAUUAAGUUAUAAUUAUAUUUAAUAAUAAUAUUUAUUUAAUAUUUAUUUAUGAAAUGGUGUUAUCCUACUCAAGAGCUAAAUAAUUAUUUAAUUCCCACAAGAAAGCUGCCUUGGUGCCACCUAGUGUAAAAAAGACAUCCAUGCAGUUUAUCAUUGACGUUUUAAUAUUUCUUUAUUUAUUCACAUGAACCUAUUUGUAUGUUUGUAUACUAUAUAUUUAACAUUGUUAGCGCUCAAAGCUAUACG